CCAUCAACAUGUCCUGUGGAUAAUCCAUAGUACAUAUUUCGAACAAUCGACUCAGAAGCCCUACAGUUUUUUAUGGGGGGAAUUGCGGUAAGAUCAAGAUAUUCCGUGGGUUGAAUGGGAAAUGAUAUUACUGCCAACAAUGGCCUGUCAAAAGUGUGGUAAGGUUGAUGUUUUCUUAUGAUUGAAACGGAGUUGCAGCAAUGCUUAACACAAUUUCAAUGGUGUUGCUCAUACAUAUACGAAUUUCAGUACUGAUAACAACGGGAUUGCCUCUAAGUUACAUGACGACUGCCUCUAGAUCUCGAUAAUGCGCCGACAACGAUGCAUCUCAGAUUUCGACAUUUCAGCAUUCAUUUCAACUCAUAUCUCGUUGACGGAUUUCAAAGCUGUACUCG